AUGCGCAAGAAGGGGACCCAGGAAGUGCAGUCGUAUCCACAAGAACCAUUUCUUCUGUCGGUCGAAGACAUCUUAUCACAUCUACAGGUCUCGAAAGAGUCAGGCUUGAGCGCUGCGCAAGCCCAGCAGAAUCAGCAAAAAUAUGGCCAGAACAAGCUGUUAGGAGAGGGUGGUGCCAAAUGGUACUCCCUUCUCAUCAAGCAAAUCAGCAAUGCCAUGAUCUUGGUCCUAGUCCUCGCCAUGGCGCUUUCCUACGGGGUCACAGAUUAUGUCGAAGGCGGUGUUAUCACAGCUGUCAUAUUCCUGAAUGUCAUCAUAGGCUUCUACCAGGAAUUCCAAGCGGAAAAGAAGAUGGACGCCCUGAGAUCGCUUUCUUCACCAUCCGCCGCCGUCAUUCGGGACGGGAACCAAAUCACAAUUCCCUCCGCCGAAGUGGUCCCAGGUGACAUCGUUUCAAUCAAAACUGGCGACACAGUCCCAGCCGAUCUUCGCAUGUUUGAGGUCAUGAAUCUCGAGUGCGACGAGGCUAUCUUGACGGGUGAAGCCCUGCCUGUGGCCAAGGAGGUAGAAUUCGAAGCAAGAACCGGUGACAAGGCUGACUGUGGUCUCGGAGAUCGGCUCAACAUGGCGUAUUCUUCUUCGACCGUGACAAAGGGCCGUGGCCAGGGAAUUGUCGUCUACACUGGAAUGUCAACUGCGAUUGGCGGUAUUGCAGCCUCCAUGCAGGGCAAGAAUCGUAAACCGAACCGUUCCUUGUCUCGCAAGAAGCAUGGACCCAUGCAACCGGUCAAAGGAACUGCUCUGCGUGUAUGGGACAGUAUUGGCAAAUUCCUUGGUCUCACGUCAGGUACACCAUUGCAAAUCAAACUGAGCAAGCUCGCCUACUUCCUGUUCGGGUGUGCGCUGUUGUUGGCAAUCAUUGUCUUCGGUGUCAAUCGGUUCAACGUCACUAAUGAAGUCGCCAUCUAUGCAAUCUCAACAGGUAUUGCCAUCAUUCCGGAAUCUCUGAUUGCCGUCCUCACCAUCACUAUGGUCGUCGGCAUGACCCAGAUGCGCAAGCGCAAAGUCGUUGUACGCCAGUUGAGUGCCUUGGAGGCGCUCGGUGGUGUCACCAAUAUCUGCUCGGACAAGACUGGAACUCUAACGCAGGGGAAAAUGGUGACACGCAAGGCUUGGAUUCCUGGGGUCGGCAUUUACAGUGUCGAAAACUCCAAUGAGGCCAACAAUCCCGAAGCUGGUACCAUCACCCUGGGGCCUGCUCCGAUAUCGCGAAAAGUAGUCGAGGAGCAGAAACGGGCCAAAGCUGAGGCUCUCGACAAGAAGCGAAGCACGGCAGGACUUGCUUUCGAUGUACCGGAGGAGAAGCUAGAGAAAGAUCAGCACAAAGCCGAAAGUAGUAAGGCUGAGGAGAACAAGAAUGUCGAGGACAGUCCGGCCAUGCGGCCAGAACUCGAAUCGUUCCUCGAAUCCUCUGCUCUUUGCAACCUUGCAACAGUACGCCAGACGAAGGAAGAUGGACAACAGAAAUGGAAGACGACGGGUGACCCAACUGAGAUUGCGCUACAAGUCUUCGCUCAUCGUUUCGGCUAUGGCAAGAAGACUCUGGAGAGCGCGAAAGGAUGGAAGCAAAUAAUGGAAUUCCCCUUCGACAGCUCGAUCAAACGCAUGUCGGUAGUUUACAGGAAAGAAGGCAUAGCGGACUCCCUCAUCUUUACCAAAGGGGCCGUUGAGCGCAUCAUAGACCUGUGUACCUCUGUUGGCACCGGCGACCACCGACAGGAUAUGACAGCCGAAGUGAGGAACAACAUUCUUGAUCAAAUGUCCCUCCUAGCAGAGCAAGGUCUCCGUGUCUUAGCUAUUGCGCGCAAGUUUACCUCAGAAGAAAUCUACGAGCAUUCCGACAUUGAUCGUACUGCAAUUGAGCAAGAUCUCAGCCUGCUCGGUUUGGCUGGCCUAUAUGACCCGCCUCGCCUGGAGACAAAGGAAGCUGUCAGGAACUGUACCACAGCCGGAAUAGCUGUACACAUGUUGACAGGGGAUCAUCCCAGCACCGCAGCUGCCAUCGCCAAGGAAGUCGGAAUCAUUCCCAAGAAUCUGGGCGUCCUGCGAGCCGAUGUCGCAGCCGCCAUGGUCAAGCCCGCAUCCGAUUUUGAUAAGAUGAGCGACGAUGAGAUUGACGCCUUACCCACUUUGCCGCUUGUAAUAGCAAGAUGUGCACCGGACACCAAAGUUCGCAUGAUCUCCGCUCUGCAUCGGCGCAACAAAUACUGUGCGAUGACAGGUGAUGGGGUCAAUGACGCGCCGAGUCUCAAGCGAGCAGAUGUUGGCAUAGCCAUGGGAUUGAAUGGGUCUGACGUUGCGAAAACAGCUUCCGAUAUCGUGCUGACAGAUGAUAAUUUCGCCAGCAUCGUCAACGCCAUUGAGGAGGGACGACGAAUGUUUGAUAACAUUCAAAAAUUCAUCCUCCAUCUCGUCACUUCCAACGUGGGCGAAGUGAUCCUCCUGAUCUGUGGUCUGGGUUUCCAGGAUCGAAUGGGCUUUUCCGUGUUCCCACUAUCUCCACUCCAAAUCCUAUGGAUCAACAUGCUGACAUCCUCCUUUCCCGCAUUCGGACUUGGGAGAGAGAAAGCAAGUUCAGACAUCAUGCAGCGACCACCACACGACACCAAAAAGGGUGUCUUCACCUGGCAAGUGAUAACGGACAUGAUGGUCUAUGGCACCAUAAUGGGGACCUGCUGCCUCAUGACCUUCAUCUUCAUCGUCUAUGGCCCCGGGCCCGACGGCCUAGGAGAAGACUGCAACAAAUCCUACAACGACAGCUGCGACGUGGUAUUCCGUGCGCGAGCCGCCGUCUUCGCAGAACUGACCUGGAUCAUCCUGAUCUCGGCCUGGGAAUUCAAAAGCCUACGACGCAGCAUGUUCGACCUGGACCCCAACAACACAACGCGCCGAUUCCCCUUCUUCCACGACGUCUGGUCCAACCAGUUCCUCUUCUGGGCCGUCAUCAUCGGCGCCGUAUCCGUCUUCCCCGCCGUGUAUAUCCCCUACCUCAACACCAACGUCUUCAAACACAAGGGCAUCACCUGGGAAUGGGCGCCCGCGAUCCUGUGCGUGAUUGUCUUCGUGAGCGGCGUGGAGGUGUGGAAGGCCAUCAAGAGGAGAACGGGUUGGUUCGCCGACGAGGAGACGGAGGGCAUGAAGAAGAGCACACCCGGUCCGACGAGCUUGAGGCAGGGAUUCUUCAGUUUUGCGAGGACUCUGACGAGAAGUAGGACUGAGGAGGAAGAUGAGAAGAAGGUGGAGGUGGGACAGGAAAAGACAGGAGGAAAUGCCACAACUGCCAAUGCGAGCCACGGAGCAAAUCUGCCCGUGGUGAGGGAAGAUGUGUGA